AUGGCCAUUGCCAGUGACGGUCUCCCCUCCCCGCAGCCCACGGCAUCGCCCAGCAGCAUCCCUCCCAGCCUCCAUGCCUCCACAACCAGCAGCAUCUUCGGUGCCCGACCGCCGCCGCCUCGAGAAAACGUCCUGGGCAUCAGCUUCAAGCCCUGCAGCCCCGAGACCGGCCCAGCGCCGGGCCCCUGCGUGACCUGUGAGAGCACACGUAAGAGGAUGGUGCCGGUCUCUGGCCCCGGAUCCUCCAUGUUCAGAGCUCCCUGCAUGAGCCAGCGACGCCUUGCCCUCAUCUUCUGCGUCUCCGUCCUCAUUGUGCUGCUCAUCGCCCUCAUCCUGCUGUUUAUGUUCUGGCGGUCGCAGACCGGCAUCGUGUACAAGGAGCCAGCCGAGAGCUGCAAGGACAGCCCCGUGCGCUGCGACGGCGUUGUCGACUGCUCCCAGCGGAGCGACGAGUUGGGCUGCGUGCGUUUCGCCUCCGAUGAGUCCCUGCUCCACGUCUACUCCAGCACGGAGAUGUGCAGCAGCGCCUGGGACGAAUCCUUCUCCAGGAAGACCUGCCGCCAGCUGGGAUUUCAGAAUGCAUCACAGACCGAGUACGUUCCCCUGCACAUCCCCGGCAAGAGCCUCUCGGUGAGCGAGGAGCGCGACACCAUCCAGCAGAGCCUCAACAGCUCCCAGUGUCUAACAGGAAAAUACGUCUCUCUGCGAUGCACAACCUGCGGGCAGAGGAUUUCGGGCCGGAUCAUCGGAGGGAAGGAAACCUCCAUCAGCAAAUGGCCCUGGCAAGUCAGCGUGCAGUACGGGCCCAUCCACAUCUGUGGCGGCACCAUCAUCGACGCGCAGUGGGUCCUCACCGCCGCCCACUGCUUCUUCAUGAACAGCAUGAAGAUCCUCGAUGACUGGAAGGUGUACGGCGGGGUCUCGGACCUGAAGCAGCACAUGGAGGGCAUCGCCGUCUCCCAGGUCAUCAUCAACUCCAACUACAGCGACGACCACGAUGACUACGACAUCGCUCUCAUGAAGCUCCCCAGGCCGCUGACGAUCUCAGCUCAGGUUCGCCCAGCCUGCCUUCCCAUGUACGGCCAGCGCUUCCAGACCGGCAGGUCCUGCUUCAUCACCGGCUUCGGGAAGACCAGGGACCUCGCAGAUAACACGUCCCCGAAGCUGCGGGAGGCCGAGGUGAAGCUGAUCGACUACAAGAUCUGCAACAGCGACAAGGUGUACGAGGGCUACCUGACCCCGCGGAUGAUGUGUGCCGGGUACCUGCAGGGAGGGAAAGACGCGUGCCAGGUGAGUGGCCACUUGUCCCCAGGCUGGGGACCGGCNNNGGUGACGAGCUGGGGGACGGGAUGCGGCCAGAAGAACAAGCCCGGUGUUUACACUCGCGUGACAAAGCUCCUCAGCUGGAUAUACAGCAAAAUGGAGAGUGAGAACGACUAA